AUGACCUCACCAGCCAUGAUGGUUACUGGGACAGCACUAAUCGUCGCCCCUGCUAUUGUCGUUGGGCCAGCCUUGGGUGCCCUUGGCUUUGGUGUUGGUGGUAUCGCUGCCGGCUCGGCUGCCGCUGGUAUUCAGAGCGGUAUCGGCAGUGUCGUAGCUGGUAGCCCAUUCGCCAUUCUUCAGAGUGCUGGAGCUGGAGGCGCCGGCCUUGCUAUUGUCAACGGGGUUGUUCAGGCCUCAGGAGCCAUAGUCGGCGCGAGCGGUCUUGCUGCCAAGCUCAAGGGCAAGCUCAAAGGCCAGGGUGAUGAACACAGCGCAAACGGAGACCAGGAGGAAACCGAUGGUGGAAACGAUGCUGAGAAAAAGGUUUCUCAGUCGAAGAAAAACUGA